GAAGAGGCCGCAGGUGGAGAACGAACGAAAGAAAGAGAACAAGAGUCGCAGAGAGAAAGACUUUAUAUUAAUUUUUGGCUCUCAGAUUUUCUUCUUCUUCUUCUUCUCCUUCUUUUCUGUAGUUAAUGCUUCUCUCUCUGGUUUGAGUCGCUGAGUCGAAUCGUUCCGGUCACCGAGUCGGAGAAAAUGCUCGACGGACUGCUCGGCCGUGGAUUCGGCGCCAAGUGUAAAUCGCUGAUAAAAUUGACGAAAACUCGGAUCGAUGUGAUUCGGAGGAAGAGGAACGCGACGCAGAAGUUUUUGAAGAAAGAUAUAGCUGAUCUACUCAACCAUGGCCUCGAAAUUAAUGCUUUCGGAAGGGCUGAGGGACUUACAGUGGAGGUGAUACUUUCGGCGUGUUACGAUUUCGUUGAGCGAUGCUGUGAUUUGGUGUUGAAGCAUCUUUCAGUCAUGCAGAAACAAAGUGAAUGCCCUGAGGACUGUAAGGAAGCUGUUGCAUCACUGAUGGUUGCUGCGGCAAGAUUUUCUGAUUUACCAGAGUUGCGUGACAUUAGGCAACUAUUUCAAGAGAGAUACGCGAAUUCUUUGGAUUACUGUGCGGAUCAAAAGUUUGUUGAGAACAUAGCUUCCAAGCCUCCCACAUUGGAAAAGAAGGUUCAAUUGAUGAAAGACAUAGCAUCAGAGUAUUCAAUAAAGUGGGACUCCAAGGCCUUUGAACAAAUGAUGUCUAAACCUCCUGCUUUUAUACAGGACAAGCCAAAAACUUAUGGGUCUUUCCCUGUUACUGACGAUAAAGGCAAAUUGUCUAAUGGGAAUGGUGCAGUACUAAAAGGAGAUAGGCAUGACCAUCUGUCAACAGAAAGGAGACUUGAUCCUAAUGGUGGCCACAAAUUACAGAACAACAAGGAGGUUAUAGCCUUGAAGAAGGAUGAGCUCGAUGAUCAGACUAGGCAUAGACCUUUAGGAAAAGAAUACAAGUCUCUCAAAGGCCGGGAAGGUAGUCUCAAGGAAAAAGAGGGCCAUGGCAUCUUGUUCCAGGAAAGGCAAGAAGUUGCUCACAGGUAUGAAGCAAGAGAGGAUGCUCCUUCAAAACCAGUUAGAUUAGGCAGUUCUUCUCGGGGAAAAGGAGCAGAAAGGCAUUAUGAAGCAGAGAAUAGUGUUCGUAAAAGAGACGACCCCGACACUAUUCCUCAUGUAAAGCCAAAUGUUGCCGGACCACCUGUGAAAAGUGAUGGUAAAGAUUCUUUUGCUGGUAAAGAAGAAGGAACACCUAAAUUGAAGCCCUUCUCCAACUAUGGCCUUCCUCCUCCUUAUGUGAAAUCUAAUGUCAGAGCAAAAGAUAGAAAACAUGAAGCUAAUUUCGGUCAUGAUUGUUCUCAAGGUACUGGUAUCUCUAUGGAUCCUGCAGCAUAUACGAGAGCCUUUGCUGAUAAUGUGUUGGAAAGGGUACAACUAGGUCGUGAUCAUGAGAGGCGUGCUACUGCAAAAGUUGAUAGUUAUGAUCAUGAGAAGGGGCACAUUCAUCAGGAUGAUAUAGCUACCAACAAUGUACCAAAACCAAGAUCAUCUAGAAGGAGACCCUCAAGAUCGCGCUCCUCUACCAAUGAUGCUGGCAACGGUGAAGAUAUAGGAGCUGCAAUGAGCAAACCAAGGAGCAGGAGUAGGAGAAGGGAUGAGUCAAGACGUGGCCUGCAGCUGUUGUUUGAUGAUGACCACCACCACAGGAAAGAUGAUGAAGAGAGAAGAAUUGAUGAACUGCUGCUUCAUUACAGCACAAAGCCAUCUAACUUGGAGCCAGGGCAGUCAAGAAGAAAGUCAAAAAGUCGUCAUGCAAGCAGAGAUAAGCCUGCUGGGGAGGAGUCUGAACCAACUCAUGUAAGAUCAACUUCCCUUCCUCAUGAACAUUCAGGUCCAUCAGAGACGCCCAAAGUAUUUGCUCGUGCGGCUUCCUUCCAACCAGAUGGGUCCAACCCAGCUCGGCAUGUGCAUCCCAAGUUGCCCGACUAUGAGGAUUUGGCUGCCAAGUUUGCAGCCUUAAGAGGAAGGUAAAGGUUUAAGCAAUCAGAAGCUGAAUUUUACAAGCACGAUUGAAAACCAUUGCUAGCUUCUUGCUUGUUCCUUGAAGAAAUGUAGCAAGGCUAUCCUCCCAUUACAACCGAGUUAAGCACCACGGCACCACAUGAUUGGCCUUUUUACCUCACACUGAAACCCUAGCAACUCAUAAGAGAAUAUCCCCUAUUUCCUGCAAUUCAUGUACUAGGGCAUAUCUAUAGGUUAUAUACUGAGUUUCAUAUCAUCGUCGCUUUUCGUUGUAACAGUCCUAACAGUGUGCAGCUUUGAUUGAUAGAGAUACCAUGAUUUGACAGGAUGUUGAGAUUGAGAA